AUGGCACAUCAUUCGCCGCAGUGGUCCUGGGACCAGGGAUGUUGGAAUGCGGGAAGCCAGCAAGAUUGGGGGAAUGCGGGAAGCCAGCAAGAUUGGGGGCUUGCGCAGCAUUCUCAGCAGCAGCAUGUUGCACCAAGUCGAGAACGGCUUGAUGGAGCAUGCUGCAUGCUGGAUAAGGCUGGCCAUCCCGCAGCUUUUUCAGACAGUCGCAUCAGCCAGCAGAGCGGCAGUCAGUAUGAAGGCCUAGUUGCUAGCGUCAUCAAUGGCCUUAGCCGCAAACUCAAAGCUGUCAGACAACAAGGGCCCGAUGAGCGAACACAAGUAGAACAGCUCAAAGAAAACGUUGCAGCUUUCCUGCGAGAACGUGUGUCAGACAACGCUGGGCAAAGAGUGCUAGCAAGAGGUGUCGGUGAAGAGGAAGCUGAGAUUGACGCGGUGUUCCAUGGUAGCUUUGGUGAAUUGCUGAGCAAGCUCAACCAGGUGACUGACGCUUUAGUUCUUGCGACCUACGCAGGCACCACCUGUGUUCUGGUGGAAGCUUGUUCGGACAGUCGUCUUGUCGCAAUGAAACUUUUGCAGAUCGAGAUCCAAUGCCGCUUAGUUGAGCGUUGCGGGUUCUUGGUCAAUGAUGAACCGCGUGGCUUGAAAGCACAGCAACUUGAUCCAGACUCGACUGGCUAUGCGAUUGUGUUCAAUCGCGCGGCUCUGCAGAUAGACAUACAGAGCGUGCUGGACACACUGGGUCUUACCUACGUGCAGGAGUUGCUGCAGAAGGGCAAGUUGCACAUUGCUUUUUUGCAAGCAGACCGUGCGUUGCCCGCAGCAUUGGAGAUUGCAAGCGAGGCCAAAGCAGAAUCAAGCGUGGCAAGAGCAGAGGCAAACGAGGCAAGAGAAGAGGCAAACCAGGCAAGAGUGAAGGUGGACAGAUUGGAGCAACAACUUGCAGGCAUCCGCAGGGUUAACAUUUGCAUGACUUAUGCACGGCUGUGGUUUCUACCUUGGCACGUCGUUCUGCGGGGUUCUGCAGGCCGAACCUCAACCUCAUCCGUCGUCUGGGUGCGGGAGGUGGCCCCGAACAAGGACACUGUUGUGAGCACACACGGGGCGGAGCAUGACACGCCGGGGAGGGGCUUCGGGAGGUGGUUCGGGGCUGGGAGUUUCGACACCGCUCGCCGCGCAGGAUGGGACGGUCGCCGCCAAGCUGAGGCCCAAGGAGCCGGUCGUUUUGGGAGCAGCGCCUCUGCGCAGAUAAGGUCUCGUCAAGACCCUGAGGGCGAGGAUGAGCUCGAGCCGGCGUUCAAAGUGGAGUCCCCUCAGGCCAUCGUCGCCGUGCCAUGUGAAGCCAUCAAGCAGAUGAAGUCUAACGCCCUACGAAACGUUGAUCCUGAUCAAAUCGACAUCUACCUGUACUCACAAGAAGCUGGAAAGUGGCAACUCGUCAAAUUCUCAUCGACCUCACUGCGCCAGGACACCAGCGAGCCCAACCCUCGGCUCCGUGAUCUUCCAUUCAACUUCCGCAUGACGGCAUCACUGCUAGGCAAGAUUGCUACGGCUUUUUGCCGCGACGGACUUGCCCCAUCUAGCUCUGCACAUCCUUUUGCACGGUCUCUCUCAGUUUCACAUGUCAAGGUUUGCGAUGUGCAUCAUGCCAGUCUUCGGUGUGGUCAGUUUUGCUGCAAGUGGCGGGCUUAG